AUGCUCGACAUUUUGCUGGAGUACGCUCCGAACUGGACGGAUCCGCUAACAUGGCUCGUCGUCGUCGCGUUCGUGUUCGCCUUCUUCGUCUCCUAUGGAAUGGGCGCCAACGAUUCGUGCAACGAUUGGGGACCGGCGGUGGGCGCGGGAACCGUCAAACUCUGGCAAGCCUACGUCCUCUCGGCGAUUCUCAACGUGCUCGGAGCUGUCUUAUUAGGGUACAAAAUUGUCAAGAUCGUCGUCUCGUGGUUCAUCUCGCCGGUCAUCGCCGGAAUUUUCGCCGGCGGAAUGUACUACAUUGUCAAAUAUUCGGUGCUCAUCCGCAAGGACACAUUCAAAUGGGCCCUUCGCCUCUGCCCAAUAUUCAUGUGCUUCACGUUGGUCGUCAAUUUGUACGCUUGCAUUUUCGAUGGAUCCAAAUAUCUUGGUCUUGACAAGCUUAACUGGUGGGAAGCACUUCUACUCUCGGUUGCGAUCGGAGUCGCCGGAUGGGCUCUUCUCACGUUCCCGUUGAAGAAUUGGCUUCCCAACAGAGCUCGUCGUCUUUAUGAUGAGGAAACCAAAAAGAUCCAAAUUCGAUUGGAAUCUGGAAAACCGCCAAAAGGUCACAAGAUCAAGGACAUGCGCGAGCCAGACGUUCAGGAUAACAUUAAGGAUCUUCCAUGGUACCGCUAUUUCUGGGCUUAUGUCCCAGAGGAUCGUCUUACCAAGAAGGUGUUCAACACCCUUCAAAUCGUCUCCUCGUCGAUGCUGACCUUCACCCAUGGUGCCAAUGAUACCGGCAACACCAUUUCGCCACUCCUCGCUAUCUGGCUCUGCUACGAGUCGGGAUACGCGUUCGGAAACGCCGAGACGCGCGAUGACACCCAACUUCUUCUUGGCUAUGGAUCAUUCGCAAUGAUCUUCGGAUUCGUCACACUCGGCCAUCGAACCAUCAAGCUGCUCGCCCACGAGAUGACCAUCGAUAUGUCGCCGAUUUCGGGAUUCUGCAUCGAGGUCGGAACCGCUUUCACCGUGUUGGUGUGCGUGAAGUUCGGAAUCCCGAUCUCAUCAACGCAUUGCACCGUGGGAGCUGUGGUGUUCGUCGGAAUCGCCAAAUCGACAUCGGAAGGCGUCUCGUUUGCGACAUUCCGCAAAAUCUGCCUCUUCUGGCUUCUCUGCUUCCCAAUGUCGGCUGUCAUCGGAAUCGUCACCACCGUCAUCCUUCAGCAAUUCCUUUAA